CCUCUCUUCUUUCUUUCUUGCUUUCUCUCUUUUUCUUUCUCUCAUCUUUGUUGAACUCAGCCACACACACACACACACAAAACACUCUCUCUCUUUAACUUGUUGAUGCGAUUCUCCCUACUAUUAUCUCCCAAAAAACCCCAUCAACCUUUACAAAAGAGAAAGCUCCAAGAGAAACCAUGGUUUAUACUUCCAUCCCAGCAUAUAUUGAUCCAGCCAACUGGCACCAACAGCAACCAAAUAAUCAACAAGGCAACACUGGUGGUGCUAGCUCUCAUCAUCUUCUUCUUCCACCACCACCACCUCCACCACCGCCAACACAACCUCAUGGAAGCGGCGGUGGAUCCCGGUCUAUACGGCCGGGAUCGAUGGCGGAUAGGGCAAGGAUGGAGCACAUACCUAUGCAAGAAGCUCCACAAAAAUGUCCGAGAUGUGAAUCCACAAACACAAAGUUUUGCUACUUCAACAAUUACAGCCUCUCUCAGCCCCGCCACUUCUGCAAGACCUGUAGAAGGUACUGGACAAGAGGCGGCGCCCUGAGGAAUGUCCCGGUUGGCGGUGGCUGCCGGAGGAACAAGAGGAGCAAAGGGGGAAGCACCAGCAGCUCAAAAUCAUCGCCGGCGAGCUCCGAUCGCCAAACGGCAAGUGCGGCUUCCACUAAUAGUACUGCCUCCGGUGCUGACAUGGCAGGCCUCGGGUCUCCAGUGCCGCCGCCACCUCUAAGGUUCAUGGCUCCAAUGCAUCAAUUUAGUGAUCACCACCUUGCUGGUGGUGAUAUAGCCUUAAACUAUGGCUUGAACUUUAGCUCAAUUUCAAGUCCAAUGGGAGGAGUAGGUGUAGGAGACUUGAAUUUUCACAUAGGAAACCCUUUUGGUGGAGCAAGUGGUGUUGGUGUUGGUGGUUCUAUCUUAUCUAGUUCUAAUUUGGAGCAAUGGAGGGUUCCACAAACACACCAAUUUCCCUUCUUGUCUAGUUUGGAAGCUUCUUCUCAUGGAUUAUACCCAUUUGAAGGUGGUAGUAGUGGAAAUAAUCAGGCACAAGCUGGGUAUAGUGGUGCACCCAAGGUAUCAACUUCAGUGAAAAUGGAAGAAAAUCAAGAACUUGGUUUGUCUAGACAGUUUUUGGGAAUGAAUAACCCUACAAGUGAACAAUAUUGGAGUACUGGUGGUGGUGCCACUGCAGCUUGGACAGAUCUUUCUGGUUUUACCUCUUCUUCUGCUGCUAACAAUCAACUAUAGAAUUUUCAUGCUCUCUUGUUAAAGCUUCUGGUUUUUGGUUCUUCAGUUUCCUUAACCCUCCAAGAUUUCAAAGUUUCACUCAACUCGCUAACUCUAUAUAAUUAGCCCAAUGUGAAGAACUUGGAGGAUGGGUUGAGAAAACUUUGCUUUCUUUUAAGAUCACAUGAAAACCCUAGGGAUGUUAGUUCUUCUUUUUUCUUUUCUUCAACUUUUAAUCUUUAUAUGUUUUUGUUUCUUCUUGUUUUUUCUUUACAUUCCAAUUAAUAGGUUUAGGUUUGUUUGUAUGAGAAGGUUUACUAUAGUGAUAUUAUGAGUUCCAAGGAAUGAAGAUUGU